UAGAGUUGAGCGCCUCUCAGUGGUCAUUUGAGGAACGACAGUGUUUGGCUCUCUUGCCCUUAAAGUUUUCGGGUGGAGGUGUGGCGUCGUUCUGGUUUUAACUUCAGUUUUUUUCAACAGUUUGUGGUUUUUCUUGGUCUGUCGUGUUGGAGCGAAGCUGUGCGGAACACGCAGUCUGCUCUCUCCCGGGGUAUUGCAAUUCAUCCUUAACUGCUCUGCAGCGCAAACAUGGCGUCGUCUUACGCCGCUGUUAUCGCAGGACUUCUGACAACAAAUUUAUCAAACCCACCCAUCAACCCUCACCCCCGAUACGCAGAGAAAUCCCAGAUUUCUAAACCUAGCAAAAAGCUCAACUGCCCUCCAGCUUCCCACGAUCGUCCUGAUCCACCUCGGCCUGAGAUUUGCUUUGAAGAGCAACAGGAGAAUCCUGCAGACUAUGGCGUUGGCGGUUAUUACCCUGUAGAGAUUGGGGAAGUGUUUGCCAACCGAUACCAAGUACAACAAAAGUUGGGAUGGGGUCACUUUUCCACUGUAUGGCUCUGCUGGGAUGUGAUGACGAAGGGUUUUGUGGCUCUGAAGGUGGUGAAGAGUGCUCCAACGUUCACAGAGACCGCACUGGAUGAGAUCAAACUUCUGAAAUGUGUGAGGGACAGUGACCCCAAAGAUUCAAACCGUGACAGAGUCGUGCGCCUCGUGGAUGAUUUCAGGAUCAAUGGAUCAACCGGAGAGCAUGUUUGCAUGGUUCUAGAGGUUCUGGGGGACCAGCUGCUGCGGUGGAUCAUCAAAUCAAAUUACACCGGCCUUCCUCUGGCCUGCGUUAAGAGCAUCCUCAGACAGUUUUCAUUGCAGGUUUUGCAGGGUUUGGACUACUUGCAUACGAAAUGCAAGAUUAUCCACACAGACAUCAAGCCAGAAAACAUUCUUUUAAGAGCGGAUGAUGCUUUUAUUGAGAAGCUUGCACCCAAAGCCCAUUUGUGGAAGCCGCCAGUGUCUCCUUCUCACACCAACUCAGUGGAUAGAGCUUCCAGAAAAAAGCAGAGUUUUUUCAACUUAGUGGGGAAGCUGUCGGGGGUUUUCCACGUUUUUGGAGAGUGGCCCGGUAAGGUACUCAGGAAUUCAGACAGGCAGUCGGCGGGUAAAACCAGAAAAUGUCGAAGCCGGAAGACUCCGUCGAAUCACACGUCUUCCUUUUCUGAUGCCACCGCUCCAUCAAGCGUGCACAGCCCCACCAGUCAGUCAAAGCUCACAGGGGACAACAUGAAGACGAGGAGGCAAACGUUACUGUUUGAAGAAGGACCUGACAGUGAAUCACAAAGGCACAGGGUCUGCUCGUCGAUGAGCCAUGUCACAGAUGCUACAGUCUUUGAAUCCAGAUUACAGGAGUUAAAUCCCACUCCUCUGCCUUCAUCAUACCCAGAUAAAGACGCGAUUGACCCUGAUGUAGAUUUACUGAAAGCUAAGAGCGCAGAGAAAAUUCUUAUUAAGAUUGCUGACCUGGGCAAUGCCUGCUGGGUGCACAAACACUUCACUGAAGACAUCCAAACAUGUCAGUACCGCUCUGUAGAAGUCCUGAUUGGUGCAGGCUACGACACGCCAGCCGACAUCUGGAGCACCGCCUGCAUGGCUUUUGAACUGGCCACUGGAGACUUUUUGUUUGACCCUCAAUCUGGAGUUCGAUUCACCCGUGAGGAAGAUCACAUUGCUCACAUCAUCGAGCUGCUGGGACCUCUCCCAUCCCAGUUUGUGCAGUCCGGGAGACAUUCGAAACAAUAUUUCAACCGUAAAGGACAACUACGGCACAUCUCUAAGCUAAAACCGUGGAGCCUGCUGGAGAUCCUGUUGGAUAAAUAUGAGUGGAGACGAGAAGAAGGUGUUCAGUUCGCCUCCUUUCUGCUGCCCAUGUUGGAGCUUCUGCCACAGAAAAGAGCCACAGCUUCACAGUGUCUGAAACACCCAUGGCUGACCUCCUCAUUCUGAUUGAUGCAAGCACGGUGGGGAAAAAAACUUUGAUCAGGAAGGCCUGAAUUUGGGGUAUCAUAUCCCUCAGAACCCCCAAAAUGCAGAAACUCAUAUCAGUUCAUCCAUCCAGAUAUCUAUCUUCUCCUUUUAUCUGUUUGAUUUGUCUUAUAAGUUCAACGUUGAAGGCUCUUCCUGACUCCAGCCUCUGCAUUUACUUGGGACUGGCACAAGCAGGACAAUGAUUUGUGCCAUAUUGAGGCCUUAUGUAUCUUUUUUUUCCCCUCAUUUUUAAUGUCUGUUAGUCCAUCUUCUCUCCCUCCAUCCUUGUGUUUUUUUUGCCUAAAAUUUUUUUUGUUUUAUACUUCUUUUUGGUUAAUUUUUAUUUCUUUAGUUAAUUGUGGAUUUUUGUAGGCCAUCACAUUUGGGUGGACAUUGCCCCCCCCCCCCCCCCCCCCCAUGACUAUCCGGCCUUGUGAUCAGGACUGCAUCGUGACUAUUGUUAUUUCAGUGCAUGUACAUUACAAAACCUGUAUAGAAAAAUAUCUGAUAGUAAAGUAGGAGAGUAACAAUUAAUCGACUCAAUGGAUGAAUUGAUUUAUAUUCCUAUGAUCCAAUCAGAUCAAUCUGUCUGAGGCAAGUUGUUAAUCGAAUCAAUCUAUAAAAUCCUUUCAAAAUGAAAUAAAUGGAAUAUAUCAAUAAUGGAAAAUGUCAUUUGGAUUGAAACAUGGUAGGUUUAUUUUCUAUCAUUUAAAAACGAUCAAGUGCCAUCGCAGCAGACAACACACGUAUGAUGGCAGCCAAAAAUAUUGAUCAAAGCUUCAUUACAGUCCAAUGUGUGGAAACACUGAAUUUUGCAGAGAUGUGACCAGACAGUAAUAUUCUAAUAAUAUUCUUUUUGUAUUAUUUUGAUGUGGAAAAACAACAGUUGGCUGAACUUAAUGGAACUAAAAUGUGAAUGGAUUUUCCAUUAAUUCCUUUUUACCUGUUUAAUUUACACUUAAUUAUCUUGCAAGAUGUCCAAGGAAUAUCAGUAUCCAGGUAUUUAUCUCUGAGUCUCACUGGUUGAAGUUUUGGCUAAAGAUGUCCUAGAUCAGUGAAUGGCAUUGUUCAAAACUGAACAAAAACAACUGAAUCGUAACAGCAAACUAUGAUAUGAAUGGAAUCAUUAAAGUUUACAGUUACACCCCGAUAUUAAA